CCCCUGCCUCUGCCUCUAGUACCAGCACCAGCACCAGCACCAGCACCAGCCCAGAAGGAGAGCCAGGCAAGCCGGCACGGUGCUGUGUGGAAGGGCAGUCCCUCGUGACUCCGUGUUUUCUUUUCUAGAAAAGGUCCUGACUGAUCAGCCCUUAUGACCAACAUGAGCUGGAACUUCCUGACGAAGCUGCUGGAGGAGAUCCAUAACCACUCGACCUUCGUGGGCAAGGUUUGGCUGACGGUGCUGAUCGUCUUCCGAAUAGUGCUGACCGCAGUGGGCGGGGAGUCCAUCUACUCGGACGAGCAGAGCAAAUUCACCUGCAACACGCGGCAGCCCGGUUGCGACAACGUCUGCUACGACGCCUUCGCCCCCCUCUCCCAUGUUCGCUUCUGGGUCUUCCAGAUCAUCGUCAUCUCCACGCCCUCCGUCAUGUACCUCGGCUACGCCAUCCACCGGCUGGCCCGAGCCUCCGAGGAGGAGCGGCGCCGGGCCCGGCGCUGGCGGCAGGGCGGCCGCAUGUCCCGCAGGCGGCCCCCUAGAAGGAGGCCGCCGCUGCCUCCGCCCCACCCGGGCUGGGCGGACACCCCGAAUGGCGGAGAGGAGGAGCCCAUGAUCGGUGUGGGGGAAGAAGAGGAGGCUGGAGAUGGGAGCAGGGAGGACCGGGAGCAGGAAGAAGAGAAGGAGGCCCUGGCAGCAGAGAAGGGCAAGGGGUCCCCGGAGGCCGGGCCUGCCAAACAGAAGCACGACGGAAGGCGCAGGAUCCAGGAGGAGGGGCUCAUGAAGAUCUACGUGCUGCAGCUCUUGGCUCGGACCUCUUUUGAGAUCUGCUUCCUGGUGGGGCAGUACCUGCUAUAUGGCUUUGAGGUACAAGCUUUCUUCCGAUGCAGCCGGGAUCCCUGCCCUCACACCGUUGACUGCUUCGUGUCUCGGCCCACGGAGAAGACGAUCUUCCUCCUGGUGAUGUAUGUGGUCAGCUGUCUCUGCCUCAUUCUUAAUAUCUGCGAGAUGGCCCACCUGGGUCUGGGCAGCCUGCAGGAUGCCAUGAAGAGCCGCAGGGUGGGGGGCCGGGACCAAGGUUCAGGGGGCUAUCCUUCACCCCCGCCCCUGCCUCGGCAAUUACCCCAUGGCUACCCGUAUACUCGCAACAUCUCCUGCCCUCCUGAGUACAACCUGGUGGUCAGGGCUGAGAGGGCGACAGCAGCAGGGCAGCUCAUGCCAAGUGGACUCCUGGCCCAUGAGCAGAACCUGGCCAAUGGGGCCCUCCAGGAGCUCCAAGAGCUUCAGGGCCCUAGCUCAGAGGAGAACCCACCACCAGUGGAUCUUGCUGCUGCCUUCCGAGGAACCCAUCGUGCUGGGACCCAGGACCCUAUCAAUGGGGUUAGGAGCAAUGGAUUCCCUGCUUAUACAACCCAGGUAGGCUUACCACCUUCAAGGACUGACAGUCCCGCCUCAGCGGGCACAAUUGUGGAGCAGAACCAUGCUGAUGGUGCCCAAGCACGGCAAGGAGCCAAAGCCAAAUCCAACUCAGAGAAAGACAGCAGCGUUAGCAGUAAAGAUGGCAAGACAUCUGUGUGGAUAUGAAGACCUUUAGAUGGGGGGAAGGGGGCAGCCAAGAGCCAACCUCCAUACAACCCCCAACCUUCAGCCCUUCCCCCCAAAGUGUCCCUGGAGUCACCUUAAAUUUAACCCCGAGGUGGGACUUGGUUUUAUAACUUUUACCAGGAGAACAUCAGCACCAAACUUAGAAGAAAGGAGGAAAUGUGGGGCUGUGGAAAGAGAAUUGGUUUUGGAGUCAGGAGAUUUGGGUUUGAAUACUGGUUAUCCUACUUACUAGCUGUGUGACUGGGCAAAUCAUUUCCCUUGUCUGAGCCUCAGUUUCCUUCUCUUUAAAACGAGGGAGCAGGACUAGCUGUAACCUUCUGUGACUCUGUGAUUUAAGCCACAUGAGUGGAAAUUCAAUCUGCCUUCCCCUCUUUGGGCUUUGAGGGUGUGGGAAAGCUGGGGAGUAACAAAAAUCGAGGCUCUGAGGUGAGGCAAUGGAGUUCAAAUGGAAGGCUCAGUUGACCCCAUUAUCAUCACUAUCCUUUUAGAAGAUGUAACACUUUUUCUAAAGAUAGCAACAGAAGCCCUUUAACAGGUAGUGUGGUCUAGUAAAAGGAUACUUGACCCCACCCCUCCACCCCUCAUCCAAUGGAAAGAAGGGCUAGCCUCUGAGCUGGGUCUAACCUUCUCUAAUUCUACAUGUCAACAGUGCUCUGGGGGAGAGGAAGAGGAAAAGAUUCUAGGUGUUAGAAUUAACUGGGAAUGACUUUUGGCCAGAUCUGUAAAACCGUUAAUGAGGGAACCUGAGUUUGGGAAUGGAAAAUAUGCUUCUGAGACACCCUGGUGCAGUGAAAAGCACACUAACUUUAGUGGCAGGAGUCUGGGUUUAGAUUCCAGCUCGGCCACAGAGGCUAUCUAAAAUCCUUUCUGGCUCAACAUUACAGGGUCCUGUGUUUUUGGGGGGGGGGAUGGGGAAAGAAUUAUUUAGUGACUUUGGGAUUCAGUGACCGCGCAGUCACCUUCUGAUUUUCCUUAUGGCAAGAGCUGGGGUAGAAGGAAGAUCAUCCCCAGAACCAGCAGGAUACCCCAGGGUGUUCUCUCUUUGUCCUUGGUUCUGUUAUUUGACAUGUGGUCAGGGAAGGCAGACAUAUUUGAAUCUUUACCUGAGCCAGAUAACCAAAAAGAUAAAGAAUCCCUUCCCUUUCCCUUUCUCCUUUCCUCUUUCCAUCUGAAAAGAACCAUAGACCAUAUCCCAAAGAUUUAUGUGGUGGGGAUUAUCUACUUUAGGACUCCCGGUGCCAUCCUUCCAUUGGGCAGCUAAUUGAUAAUUGACCUUAUCUAUUCACCAAGUGUGUUUGUACAGCCUAUCUGCGGUCCCAUUAAUUGUGCAAAGGUAAUUCCUGCCCUGACUAGCAUGUGUUAGAAAUCUGUCUAAGCAUGGGAAGCCCUGGGGAAGGAAUUACAAAGGUUCCCCAUCUGGGAAGAGGUAGUUCUUUCCCUAUCCUCAUCCCUGUUUCCUUUCAAAGCACCAAGACACCUCAAGUGCCAUCACUCUUUGGGGAGAGCAAGAUUCACUGUGGCCUCCCAACUCUCAUCCCUACUGUGGUCCAGGGAACAAGAGUUGGUGAGUAUGCUAAGGACCCACCAGACACCAUCCUUGUUCUCUCUCUUGCUUCCUCUGAGACCCCAGCAGGAGUCAGGAUCCGGGCUAGGGGAGAGAGGGAGGAGACAGUUAUGUCAAAGAGAAAGAAAUUAAAAUGGUGAUGGGAUGAUGGCUUCUAGAAGCCCUCAGGAACUAAGAAAUUUCAGCAGUAACUCCAACAGGUCUCUUUUGUUUUCAAAGCCCAUGUGGCUUCUACAUAAAGCCAAAGUAAUGUUCAGAGUAACCUCUCCCCAGGGCUGUCCCUAUAAAUAGAAGAGAGGGGGUUGCCCGUACAGUGCAAUUUGAAGGGCACUCCCUCUGACUAUCUGUCACAGUGCCUGAAAUUCCACCAUUAUCACUUUAUUCCUUUGAGGAUUAAAGGCUCCCUAGUUUUCCAGAAACCACUGUUGAAAUACAAGUACCUCUGGACAGCAAGAUACUUCAUACAUGUAAGUUACACAUUACUUACUGGCUAAUACUGGUGGGGAUUAGUUGACGACUAGUUAAGAACAAGGCCUUAUGUGAGUAUGGGGGUAAGACAUGGAAUGACAUUUUCAAAGGAUGGAGGAAGGUGAGGAAACAGAAAGUAGAAGGAGCCAAGGAGCAGGGAAAGAAAUGAGUGGUUGGCCUGGGCUCCCCUGAACCUGGGUUCAAGUUAGUAACAGCAUCAGAGCUAGAGGGGACCUUAGAGAUCAACCAUUUUACUAAGGAAGAAACUGAGGCCCAAAGAGGGAAGUGACUUGCCCUAGAAUCUAGAUCUCCCACCCUAGGUUUCACAGCCUGAUUUCUCAGCUGCCAGGCCAAUAUCUUCCAGGUUCAGGGGACUUCCCAGGUCAUUCAGACUCUCAGAAAACUAGGUUUGGGGAGUGAAGGGAUGAAGUGGAGUUUCAGGCCCUGUUCAAGGCCCUGGUUAAUUCAUUGUGGACAGCUUUGACUUCUCUCCCCCCCUCCCUCCGCCACCCCGAACUCCCUUGGCUUUCCAUCCCCUUGAGAAAUACUUGAAGUCUCCAUGAGCAUCAGGGCCAGCCCACACGCUAGCCACCGAGUUCUGUUUCUGCUCCUGAACUAACUGACCUUUGCAUCUGGGACUGCCAGCAUAGGGCUGAGAACCCUGAGUCUUGGGGUAUGGGAAUCAGGGGCAGGGAACCCGGGGGCCCCUCCCUUUGGUCCUUUCUCCCCAUGCCAUCACCCAGUCAGCCCCACUUUACCAUGGAAGGUGCAGGUUCAAAUACUAAUAGAAAUAAAUAAAUAAAUAAAAUACAACUUGACUUUUGUUUACAACCUCCUGUGUGUGCCUAUCAAGUAUUUAUUUUUUGUCAAUCAUCAAUAAAACUUCACUUAUCUCCUAUUUGCCUAGAGCUAGACUAGACUUUAUUGUUCAAGACCUUGACAGGAAAAGAAGAUACAACAACUGUCCUUUAAUGUUCAUAGUCUAGUGGAGAAAGCAACUCACAGUCAUGAAACAUAACAAAACAAGAUGGAAUGUAGCCAAGUAGUACUAAAUUGUGUGGUUCACUUGCUCACUCAUUUAGUCAUUCAUUCAUUCCCUGUCAUUCAAUCAUUCUCAUUCAUUCAUCAUUAUCAGAGUUCACUGUCUUUGUAGUGGAAAAGGUACAAAGAUAUCUAAUCCUUAUUAAAGAACUCAUAGGUUCUUGCCCACAUAGAGCUCAUUAAGUAAGUGGGUGUGACAAAAAGUUAGUUAUCUGUAAAAAAGAAAAUCAUACACAAAAAACUUUUAUAAAGAUUUUAUGAUGAAUAUUGAAAAACUGGAAAUAAUCAACAUAUCCAUUGACUGGGGAAUGGCUUAAUGAAUUUUGGCAGAAUAAGGCAAUGGAAUAUUUUUAUAGCAUAAAAAAUAGAAGAUGAACAAUAUGAUCUUUAAGAUCUCUUCUAACUCUGAAAUUCCAUGACUAAAACAUAAACCAUGUGAAAUCAUAUGUAAAGCGAUGUAUAGGAAAGACAGUGGAAUUUGAACAACAUACACUUUGACCAUAAACAUCUCAAAAGUCAUAACAGCAAUAAAGUGUUCUAAAUUCAUUCAUGGUGGACAAGGUAUUGAUGGGGAAAUGAGAGUGGAGGAUCAUCUCCCCAUAAACUUCCUUAUUAAUCUAACUCUCCUGAAAUUGAAAAGUCACCCUAGAAACUGCUCUCCAGUCAUCUCACUCACUGAACAAUGUUCCAGAUCAAUUUUCUUCAGUAACUGUGUGAUCUUAAUUGUUGAGAUCCUUCCUACUUUGACAAAGAUUGGUUUAAAGGAACCAAUUGGUGGAAGGUAUUUAGCUUGGAAAAUAAACGACAUAAUUGUUUUCAAAUUCUUGAAGGGAUGUGAUAUGGAAGAGGCAUUACACUCUCCCCUCCACCGUUAGAUUGUAAGCUCCUUGAGGGCAGGUACUGUCUUUUGCCUUUUUUUGUAUCCCUAGCACUUAGCAACAGUGCCUGGCACAUAGUGUGUACCUAAUAAAAUCUAUUGAUUGAUUGCUCUAUUUGGCAUUGGAGGCAUUGUGCUAGGCCCUAGGAGGAGUGUGUGUGUGUGUGGGGGGCGGGACAAAUACAGAAGCAAGACAGUCUCUCCUCUCAAGAAGCCAUCACCCUCUUAUGGAAAAGAAGUCACAGCCAAUGUGAGAAUUUCUCUUGGACUAUGCAUAUUUGUUACAAGGACCUUAGUUUUCUUUUUUUCUUUCUCAAAGAGUUGGGGUGAUGGUAGGGAGAAAAUAUUUGUUAAUUAUUAAUUGAAAAAUAAAGAAUAAAA